AUGUCCCUCUGGCAAUACUACCGCAACCUCACCCCGCGCACGCGUCUCUUCAUCGGCGGCGGGAUCAUGGCAUAUGCCGCCUUCGGCCUGUUCGCGUCGGACAAGGCCGAGGAGGUCUUCGGAUUCACGCCGACCCCCGAGGACAAGAAGCGACUGGAGGAGAGUCUUCCUACGAUCAGGACGGUGGAGAAGAAGUGA